AUGGAAUAUCAGCAAAAACUCACCAAGUUUUUGGCCCAAUACUACAUGAAUGGCAACCAGCACUGGAAACCACAUGGGAAACCAUUGCUCAACAAGCAGCACACACAGUAUCACUGGGGUCGCCUGAAUAGAGAACCCAGCACGCUUCUGUUACCGCAGAUCAGUGUGCUGAAGGGCAGCAGAUACAGAGAGGCAAUGGAUAGCCGCCCGCCUCUGGUCAUCAAUGUAGAUAGCCCUGGGCCAGCUGCCUACUCGCCACCCACCAGGAGCUGCAGGGAGACCAGUGCUCCAGCCUAUACCUUUGGGAGGAAGACGCCCCCUAGAGAGGGGGGAGGCCGCAGAUCCUGGCAGAAGUCCUGGUUCCAGAGCAAAAGCCCCUUUACCAGGAAGGCGGAUUUUAACACAGAGAGCAAUUGGCCGUCUCCAUUCCACUACACGCAGGCCUCGACCCUGGGCCCCCGGCAGGCCAGCAGACCAGGGUACCCGAGCUACAGCAUUGGGAGAAAGGGGAAAUUCAGCCUUGUCAGCAAAGAUGCUCAAAUUGACCCAGCACCAAAUAAAUAUGACACAACACCAGCAUAUUUCCAGGUGUUGCAGACCUCACCUUCUUACUCUAUAAGAAACCGGCCACAGGGGACUCAUAAAUGGGGCACUUCAGGAAACACACCAGGACCAGGAUCAUAUGAUGUUGAGAAGGGACACAUAGCUCGUUUGCCCAGCUGCCCAAGUGUCAUCAUCCAGGGCAUCAGGAGACCUAAGAGACAUGAAACCGGGCCCUUCACAACUCUCUGA